CUGCAACAAGGGAGGAGGCUUAUUAUAGGCGGAGAGAAACAUGGCGUCCGGCUAUGCGUGGUUCCUGGUGCUCGUCUCAGUUUUUCUGUGCAAUCUCAUGAAAUCACUCCUACCCAGCAUUUCCUCCUGUCUCUCAAAGAUGGUGCAGAAAGACGCUGAGCAGGAGAGCGACAUGAGGACUGAAAUCCAGGAGAUGAAGAAGGAGCAGUCCUCAAUUAGCAUGAUGGAUGAGUUCGCUAGAUAUGCUAGACUGGAGCGCAAAAUCAACAAGAUGACAGACAAGCUGAAAACACACGUGAAAUCAAGAACAGCACAACAAGCCAAAAUGAAAUGGGUUGUGAACAUUGUCUUUUACAUACUGCAGGCUGCUGUGAUGAUCUCUUUGAUAUGGAAAUAUUACUCUGACCCAGUGACAGUGGUCCCUAGUAAAUGGAUUGCCCCUGUGGAGCGGCUCGUGGCCUUCCCAACAGGAGUGGCAGGUGGAGUGGGAAUCACAUGCUGGUUGGUGGUGUGCAACAAAGUAGUUACACUGGGUCUCCAGGCAGUCAACUAAAAAGUUCAUCUCUAAGAACGGAAGUUAAAUAAAGUGGUUUUCUAAGUUAUUGCCUAACAAUUAUUUGAUAAAUGCUAGGCUUUUUUGUGUCAGCUGCUCAGGUCAGCAUGUAACACGCCGUUCAUUUUGUCAUUGGACAUUCAGUGUUAUAACAGCCUGGAGAUUUUAUUUGCUAGUUUUGUCGUAAGUUAAUUGUGUGUAUUGACUGUAUAUUAAUUCAAAACAGAAUUAAUUGGAUCUUGAAAUGCCUUUUUAAUAAAAAU